AUUUCUCGUGCAGAUCUCAGAGCGUUUUGGCAUCUACUGCAGCUGCUGACGAUGUCCCGUCUGUGCGGCAGCUGCACUGAGGACGAGCAUCAGUCGGAGAUCUUGGAGGACACUGCCGGCAGCAGCAUCAUACAGCUGCCCAUCCAGACCGACAAUGAAGUAAAAGACCAGGCCAAUCAACACUCAAAUGGUGCGGGCACACAUCGUGAUGCCGCACACAAGUGGCUGUCGUGAAAUACCUUCACACGCACACUCACGUGUGUGUGCACAUCUCUCUCUGUGUGUCUGUGAUGGUGUGGCUGUCUGUGGGCAGAUGAUGGGAAUGCGGCGGCCAAGCCUGGUGCAGUGGCGGCCAUGUGCAGCUGCUGCGAAUACGUCGAGGAGCAGGGCAAGCUGAAGCUGCAAGGUGCGCACACACACACUUCCACUCACAGCUGCUGUGUUGAUCCUAUCCUUCACCAUCCACGCGUCCGUCAGAGUCGCUCCGAUUGGUACUGGAGUCUCCCGAGUUCAAGGCCUCGCCCCGCGCCGGGAUGCACAAGGUGUUCUUCGAGGACAGCACAUCCAUGUGGUCGCAGGUCAGUGCGCGGGGCGGGCAGCUGUGUACGAAAGGCGGACACAUUGCUGGCUGUGUGGUGUGUGGUGUGAUGAUGUGUGGUGGGUGGGUCAGACCGUCACAAGAAGCCUGGCUAGCCGCAGCCAAGGUCACUUGACGGUCACUCUUCCUCUCUCUCGCUGUAUAUGCAGAUCUUCGCGUGUGCAGGUUUGGCGGGCAUUGUGCUGCUUUCGGGGCUGCAGCAGCAGCAGAAGGAGUCAUCUGGCAAGACUAAGGAAGAGGUACACAUCUACGUGCAGGUGUAGCUAUGGGUGUGCGGAAUUGCCUACAUGCGUGUGUCUGUGUGUGUGUGUACAGGCUUCGACUGCUCCCAAGGUGAACGGAUGUCUUAUCAAGGGAGACACUGACAAUGGUACGCACAUCAUGCCCACGCCUUGAUGGGUCGAUUAUGAAUACCCAUCACCCUCGACGGCAUGUGCGCGCGUGUGCGUGUCCUGCAGCGCCGAAACAGAAAGGAGAUAUCGGUAGGCGCCUUGCACACAUAAACAACCACAACCGGCACUCUCCUCUCCAUGUAAGGUCUGGUGUCUGCCCGCCUACCUGUGCUGUGCACUGACUGCACUGACUGCAGCCGUCCCCGUGGCCUCGCCUCCACCGUCGGACCGCCAGGCACCCUCAAGCAGACCUGCCCUCUUCAAAAAGUCCAAAAUGUGCGUAAGUAAACAGUAUUCGCUUCUCAUGGAUUUGUAUGUGUGCGUGUGUGUGUGCGUGUGUAGGAGGCUCUUCGUUGCCGUGGCUGGGGUAGCGGUUUUGAUCGCCGCCGCGAUUGUGCUCGGCCUCAUGCUGCCAUACUCCUUCUCACACACAUGUAAGGACACCUACCUUCACACACAAAGACAUCACCACCCUUCCCUCCCUCCCUCCCUGCAUGUCAUGUGCAGCCCCUAUAGUGCCGGUGGGUAUCGAGGGCGCCGUUGUGGCCGCCAAAAGGACCUUCUAUGCCCCAGGUAGGUAGGUAGGUAGGUAGGUGGGGGCGGCGGGGAUAGGACACAAACGUCUCAUGUCCAUCACACCUGUGGUGUGCGUGUGUGUCUGUUGCUCGCUGCGAGUGCAGGUGGCUACAUUUUGGAUGGCCGUGACCCAGUGGCGUACCGGAAGCUCGAAAGAAAUGCUGAGGUAUCCAUCCAUCCAUCCACACAAAUGGAGAGGUGGAGUGCAUCGCAUGGGAUCUCGUGUGUGUGUGUGUGUGUGUGUGUGUGCAGCCAGUGAUGGGCAGGAAAGGCGAUUCGACGCUCGAGAGCGACUACAAGGGGCUCUUCAAGGUACGCAUCGACGUUGCUUAGGUCGUGAAUCGACAAGUUGUGUGUGUGAGUCUGUUCUGUUGCCCAGGUUGCCUUUGCCAGCAAGGAGCACAAGGAGAUGUUUGAUACCAACCCGCGUAAGCAAGCAUCGAUUCCACACACGUGUGGUGUGCAUACCCAUUUGUGUGUGUUGUGGGUGCAGGUGCGUAUCUGCCCAAGUACGGGGCCUGGUGUGCCUGCGUCAUUGCUCACGGAGGUCAGUAAGUGCACACACACACACACACACACACAUACGAAGACACAUUGCGUUGAUAUAUUCACUCAGAGUACCGGCCGGCCGACCCGACAAUGUGGGAGGUCCACGAGGGGGAACUUUAUGUCGCCCACGGCCAGCGGGAGCUGGUCAGUGGAGCACUUGCAACUGCACAUGGCUGUGAUGCACACUUCAAACGCACACAGAGAGAAAUGCAUCUGAGUGUGUCCGCUCCGCGUGUGUGUGAGUAUGGUGUGCAGGAGGUGUGGCGUGCCGACCGUUCUGGUUUCAUCACGGAGGGCAACCGCUUUUGGGCGGCUCAGGGGUGGGCCAACUAGCGGACGUACUUACAUGUACUCACUCACUGAUAUACUCAGUCCGUAUGUGUGUACCAUGAUGUCUGGAUGGUACAUUCGUCUCUGGCUGGUGUCACGUCACAGUGGUUGGUGUUUUUGUUUGUGGCUGCAUGUGUGUGUAUUAGUGUGUGUGUGUAUGUGUGGGGGCGGCCGGUCUGAUCGAUCCUAUCCAUGACACGUGGUGCAUGCGCAUCACGGAUACUUUAUUGUGUAGUUCCCCCUCUCCCUCUCUCCCUUCCUCCCGCCCUCUUGUCUGUCUGUCUGUCUGUCUGUCUGCUCUCUGUGUCUCCCUCCCUCUUGCCAGCCGUGUAUGUAUGUGAUUUAUUCGUUCCCUCCAGCAAGCAGGACAAGACACUCAUAGACACAUGGGGCGGGGGCGGCCAUACAUACAUACGUACGUGCAGGUGUGUGUCACUAGUGUUUUUGGUCCUUCUGUGUCUCUUGUCUGCGAGCUGCGAUGUGUAUCCUCCGUCCCUGCCUCCAUCCAUCCAUCCAUCCAUUGUUUUUCUGCUCGCUUGGUGUUUUUCACUCUCUUGCUGUGGGGGUGGAAUCCUGCCUGCCUCCUGUGUCUUGAACUGGUGAGAGGAUGUGGCAUGAGUAGCUAGGUGAUUGUCUGUGUGGAUAGUACAUGCAGUGCCUGUGUGGCGUCUGCGGGUGGCCAUGUGCAGAAUUAACAAUGGUGUGUAAGACUCGUUAAGACUCGUCUGC